AUGGCUGCUGCAUAUGAGAUAAGUGCAUUUCCUGAUGAUAUCAAUAAUAGUGAUACGAUGGCUGACUCAAGUAAAACAGACUUGUAUGUGGAAAUAUCGUCAAAUGGAGAGGUGGUUGGGAUAACUCCAGGGGAUAUUCUAACUCGAGUAGAAUUAGAUUUGGCUUAUGCUUCCGAGAAGUCCCUUAAUCUGAGUCUAUUCACAAUGCAAGUGGCUAACAGGGAAGGUGACUUUGAAGCCCUUGUUUCAGCAUCAGAUGUAGAUUUGUUUUCCGAUACAGCAGGGAAAGGUCUGGAGUUCGACCUUUUAUCUGGGAUUUUGGAGUUUUUGGUGUCAGAGCUGGAUCAAUUCCUGGGGAAUUUACAGGCUGAUAUAGAUGAGGUUAGUGGUAUAUUAUAUUCAUAUAAAGAUGCGGGGGGCAUAUCCUUCGUGCUGGAAGAAAAGUUGCAAGAUUGCAAUGCCUCAUUGCAACAGUUGCAAGAUCAAGUGUCAGACAUUUAUGCCCAGUCUUCUGAGUUUAGGAGGACCUUAUCAUCCGUGCAUGGAGAACCAAGUGGAGGGAAUGGAGGUAUGUACUCCCUGGAAAAUGACCAACCAGCAAACAAAAACUCAAUGAUUGAUAUGAAAACAGCAGAACACUAA